GGUGGUGUAACAGGGUAAUGGGACCCUUCAAACCGGGAACUUUCAUGCGAAGGCAAUAAUUGCUUUCCGGAUGAAAAUACUGUUGCAAAAAACGUUAAAAAGGGAUUCCUUUUUUCUGCUCCAGUGGCUUUAAUGGUUCAUCACGCACAGUGCCGUCGCGGUAGUGGUGUGCCUCCGUUUUUCAUGUGUAAGUGCGUUUUGGAGCGCAAACCAUGGGAGUGCACGGACUGUGGAGGCUGCUGGAGAGCACCGGGAAACCCAUCAACCCUGAGACUCUGGAAGGAAAGAUCCUCGCUGUUGACAUCAGUAUAUGGCUGAACCAGGCGGUGAAAGGAGUGAGGGACCGGGACGGCAACAGCGUCCAGAACGCCCACCUGCUCACUCUCUUCCACCGCAUCUGCAAGCUGCUUUUCUUCCGCAUCAGGCCGGUCUUUGUGUUUGAUGGCGACGCACCGCUGCUGAAGAAGCAGACCCUUGCUCUGAGGAGGCAGAGGAAGGAGGAGCUGACCCGUGAGUCCAGAAACACGAAUGAGAAACUCAUCAAAACAUUCCUGAAGAGACAGGCUAUCAAAGCUGCUCUUGGAGAUCACAGUAAGGAGCCUCUCCCCAGCCUCUCCAGUGUGAAGAGAAAUGAGGUGGAUGACAUGUAUGUUCUGCCAUCCCUGCCCCCUGCAGAGGACAAGGACAAAAGCAGUUCAGAGGAGGAGGAAGAAAAAGAGGAGGAGGAGGAAAUUGUUGACAGUUAUUACAUGUAUCAGGGAGAAGUGUGUGAAGAUCCCAACUCAAUGGACAUCAACUCGGAGGAGUUUGCCAGCCUGCCUCCUGAAAUGAAACACGAGAUCCUCAAAGACAUGAAAGAGUUUUCCAAAAGACGGCGCACCAUGUUUCACAAACCUCCAGAGCGGUCAGGAGACUUCUCGCAGUACCAGUUGGCCGGCCUGCUGCAGAGGAACCAGCUGAACCAGCGUCUGGAGGGAGUUGAGAAAGAGAUGAACCAGCGAAAUGUGGGCAGCGCUCCAGAGCUCUGCCAGCAGGACGGAGCUCAGCACAGUCGUAGUGUGGAGUCACAGCGACUUGUUUCAGAAGACCAUUCUCACUAUAUCCUUAUUAAAGACUCCAAAACGAGUGAGACUGCCGCUGAGAGCCGACCUGCAGCUGCCCCCUGGUCUGGGAGCACCCUGUCAGGCUGUAAAAGACGGGCCCCGGACAGACCUGAGCCCCUGUGGCGUCCUGUCUGUGAGGAAGAGGAGAAAGUGCGGGCUUCCUCCUCAGAAGACUCCAAACCCUCUGUAUCAAAACUGUCUCAGGGAGACACAUCACCGCCCUCGCCUCGAACACUCAAAGCAAUCCAGGCUGCGAUUAACGAUAGCUCCGAUGAGGAGAAGUGUGACCAGAGUAAGACGGAUGGCAGCAUGUCUCCACGAACACUGCUGGCAAUCCAGCAGGUUCUGGCUGAGGAGGAAGGUGGAGCUGUUGAAUUUAAUAGUAGCUCACCCAUCAAACCCCACACAAAUAUCCAUCGUCGUGUGGCACGAGUGGUCACCAGCAGCUCAGAGGAAGAGGCCGAACCUUCGAUCAAAGAAAAAGAUGUUAAGACGAGCCUGACAGGACACAGUCUGCAUGUCAGAGACAGGUUGUUGGAUAGUAGUUCUGAAGACGAGAUGGAAGAAUUGAUUGGACAGAGAAAUAAAGCACUUCGAUUUGCAGCAACAGAAAUCAACUCAGAAGGUCAGACAAAGAAAGCAGAAUUGUCUGAGGAUAUAAGGUCAGGAAGUCCCGCCCGAGUCGAGAAACGAGAACAGAUUGAGAGAAGAGACACAGAGCACAAACCGCAGGACACUGCUGCUGCUGCAUCUGAUCGAAACGCCGCAUCUACAAGCCUCUCUCCUCAGCUCUGUGGAAGACCUGCUGCACUCUUAGAGAAGUUCACUGAAGCUCCAGAGACAAAUGGAUACGAAGUGAAGUCAGAGAGCAGCGAGGAAGGUGAAUCAGAAGAGAGCUUCAUUGAGGUGUCAGACGACUCAAAAGAGGAGGAUACAGAUGACUCACUUGUGAUAACUGGAGAGAAAACACAUCCAGAUGAAGUCCAUAAAGACGAGGCAAAGGAGGAAGAAAAAUCCGAGGAAAGUUUAACAGAACUUUCCUCGGCUGCUCGUCUGAACUCAGAGGAAGAAACGGACACAAAGACACAGAGUGAGACGAAAGAGGAGACAGAGGCAGACUCCAGGUCAGCUCCAGCCAUCAAUGAAUGGGAACACUUUGAUGUGGAUGAGCUGGAGGCUCUGGAGAGCUCACUGAAAGUGGAGCAGAGCAACCUGAGGGAGCAGAAGCAGCAGCAGGAGAGGAUGGCCAACACAGUCACUGGGCAGAUGUACCUGGAAAGCCAGGAGCUGCUGCGGCUGUUCGGCGUGCCGUAUCUGGUGGCUCCGAUGGAGGCCGAGGCUCAGUGUGCAGCACUCGAUCACGCUGACCAGACGCACGGGACCAUCACCGACGACUCGGACGUGUGGCUGUUCGGGGGACGUCACGUUUACAAGAACUUCUUCAGCCAGAACAAAUAUGUAGAACAUUACCAGUACAGCGACCUGCAGAACCAGCUCGGUCUGGACAGGACUAAAAUGAUCAAUCUGGCUUACCUGCUUGGAAGUGACUACACAGAGGGUGUGCCGGGGGUCGGAUAUGUGACUGGUAUGGAGAUAUUGAAUGAGUUUCCGGGACCAGGACUGGAGCCAUUAGUAGAGUUCAGUAAAUGGUGGUCAGACACUCAGGAGAAAAAGCGCCUGGUGGCCGAUCCUCGCGACACCAAAGUUAAGAAGAAACUGAGGGAUCUAAAGCUGCAGCCUGGUUUCCCCAACCCUGUGGUGGCUCAGGCUUACCUGCACCCUGCUGUGGACCAGUCAGACAGCUCCUUCAGCUGGGGACGCCCACAGCUGGACAUGAUCAAAGAAUUCUGCCUGAGUCGCUUUGGCUGGAGCAGCCGGAAAACAGAGGAGACUGUUCAGCCUGUGAUCAAGCAGCUCAGCACCCAGCAGACUCAGCUGCGGAUAGACGCGUUCUUCCGCAUGGAGCAACAUGAAAAGCAGGCGAUCCGCAGCCAGCGACUCCGCAGAGUUGUCACCUGCUUGAAGAGAAAAGAGAGAGAAGGAGGAGGAGGAGGAGGAGAGGAGGAGGAAGAGGACGACAGUGAGGACGAAACACAUUCUCCAUAUAAAUUCAAGAAAGGGAGUCAGAAGAAAGGAGGAGAGGAGAAAGAUGUGAGGAGGUCUGUGGCAGGAGGAGGCUUUUUAAGUUCAGAGAUGAUGGAUGAAUCUCCUCUUACAGCUCUCAAAGAUAUCAGCAGCACCAGUCAGGAGUCCCCCUCAGUAAAGGCUGUCCCUCAGUCGAGUAAAACUCCACCUAUGAGGGGUAGGAUGAGCAGCAGCAGCUCUGGUGAGGAUAGUGACGGUGGUCCUGGGGUUGCUAUGGUUACAGCCCGAUCUGUGUUCGAGGGAAACCAAAGAGGCCGUGGAGCGAAAAGCACGAGAGGGAGAGGACGCAUGAGAGGAAAGGGCAGGGGGAAGAAGAUAUGAGGACUCCAAACUGCACAUGAACUUUGAGAUCAUGCACACUCCCAAAUGACUGAUAUUUAAAGGCCUGAUUAAACUCAGGGCUUUUCUCCAUUACAAAACAUGAAUUUUGUUCAUAAUUGCUGUGAACUAUUAAUAGGAUAUUAUUUUUCCUAGUUGUAGAUGUAUGUGUGAGAGCAAUGAGAAAACUUUGCAUUAAAUCUUUGA